CUCCAACACACAUCUGCUUUCAUCGCGUCGACCACCUCCGCCAUGAAAGAGACCGAGGGAUCCCCACGCGGCAUGAACCAUUGGCCUAGUACCAAGAUCUUGGCGUACGCCGUGGGCCAUGUCCUGAACGACAUGUGUGCGUCGUCGUGGUUCUCGUACCUGCUCGUAUUUCUCAACGCGGUGGCCGGCCUGUCGCCCGUGGACAGCGCGCUCGUCAUGUUCUCCGGUCAGAUCGCCGACGGCCUCGCGACGCCGCUGGUGGGCGUGCUCUCGGACAAGUCGACGGGGUUUCCAUCUAUCGGGUUUGGCCGUCGCAAGACGUGGCUCACCGGCGGGUCCGUCCUCGUCGUCGUGUGUUUCUACGGCGUAUUCGGGACGUGUGUGCCGCAGCUAUUUGACGCGUCGCCGUCCCGACUCACGCUGGUCGUGUACUACUGCGUCAGCGCGAGUCUCUUCAACGUCGGGUGGGCCGCCGUCCAAGUGUCGCACAUGGCCAUGGUAUGUACCCAAACACAAACUUGUCACAGUUCUAUUUAUUUUUUAUGACGAACCUAACGGCGUCGCAGGUGCCUGAACUCACGACCAACGACAACGUUCGAUGUGUGCUCAACAGCACGCGGUAUGCGUUUACGAUCCUCUCCAACGUGCUCGUGUUUGUCGUGUUUCUGUUCUUGCUCCAUGACGUGGCGCCACUAGAAGUCCCCGACGCGUACAAGUUUACCCUGCUCACGACCGUGUCGCUGGUGGUGGGUGGCAUCUGCACCGCUUGGUUCCUCCUCGGAACGGACGAAGUCGUCAAGAAGGUCACAACGCCGCCAUCUUCCGUCGGCCGUCGACGGGGCUCCAGUCCGUCGGCCGCAGAAGCCAUGAACCGCGGCCCCAACGCGCUCUCGUUCGAAGCCGACCUGCCGAUCGUGCCGUUGGACACGACGGCGCUGACGUGGUCCGACUGGUUCCACGUCGGCAUGUUCUACGAAGUGGGCAUGGUGUACAUGUGCACGCGGCUCACGGUCAACGUCACGCAGGUGUACAUCCCGUUCCUGCUCACUGUCACAUUGCACAUGACGGCCACGUCCAUCGCGAUCGUGCCGCUGCUCGUCUACGUGUCGGGCUUCCUCGCCACGUUUCUGCUGCGGUGGAUGAACGAAAAGAUGGGUCGGGAAGGCACGUUCGCGGCGGGGGCGGCGCUCGUGUCAGUGUCGCUGGGCCUCACGUGGCUGCUCACGCCAGAAACCAGCGGGUGGAUCUACCUCUUGUCGGUGCUGCUCGGACUCGGCAACUCGAUCGUCAUGGUCACGUCCGUGUGUCUCGAAGGCGAUCUCGUCGGCGACAGCUGCGAAAGCGGCGCGUUCGUGUACGGCGCCAUGAGUUUCACUGACAAAAUCUCCAACGGCAUCGCGGUGCUGUGGAUCCAGAACCAACGAGAAGCCAUUCAAGUGCAGUUUCCGUCGUCCACGGCGGAAGACGGCGAGUUUGUGCGACUCGCGUACUGUGUCGUACCCGCCGUCAGUGCUAUCUUGGGCGCCAUCACGCUGUACUACAUGAAGCACGGCAGCAAGACGUUGGUGGACCGAGUGCCUGCUGCCAACGACAGCGAGAAGCAGAGCUUGUUGCAGAAUGACACCGUUUACGGCACCGCCUGAGAGUAGCCCCUAUCGUAGCUGUAUGUACACGAUAGAAGUUUGUAUCCCGAUUACUUGUGCGUCGAGUCGAGGAGCAUGCUGGUCGGAACCCUGAGGGCAC